AUGGAAGAGAAACUGUUUUGGUCCAACAACAUGGACCAGUUCCGAAAAACCAAAGUCCAGACCAAUACAUGUCCCUUCUUUGGCCAUCUCCAUCCACUAGCACCACGUUCGUGCCCUUUUAAACAGUCUCGGGGUAGCCUUGAAGCACUUGUCGGCCGUCUUGUUGUCGCCUUUGAAAAGAAGGCUGGAGAUGCUGAGAACAACCCUUUUGAUUCAAGUGAUGUGACGUUGUAUCUUAGGAAAUUUAUGGACACUCUGGUUAAGGCCAGAGGAAUAUAG